AGUUCAUUUCCAUAGACUAGGAUGAUUUCCAGCACCCAGGCGUUCGCCAAUGCGGCCUCUGCUGCCGAUAAGAUCAAAAACGUCCAUUUAAAGGAGCUCUUGAAUGACGAAGAGCGCAACAAGUCUAUGUUCGUGACCCCUCCCGAGUUGAAGGGAGUGACUCUGGAUUAUUCCAGAGAACGCCUUAAUGAGGCCUCACUUAAGGCUCUAUUUGACUUGGCCAAGGAGGCCCAUCUCGAUGAGAAGAUCGAAGAUAUGUUCAACGGUGUUAAGAUUAACACUACUGAGAAGAGAGCUGUCCUUCAUACUGCCUUGAGAGCUCCUCGUGGUGGUAAAGUCAUCGUCGAUGGCAAAAAUGUCAUCGAGGAUGUUUGGAGAGUUUUGGACCAGAUCAAAAGCUACUCCGAUAAGAUCCGUUCCGGCGCUUAUCGCGGGGUGACCGGCAAGGCCCUCAAGAACGUCGUUUGCGUCGGCAUUGGCGGGUCCUAUCUCGGUCCCGAGUUCGUCUUCGAGGCCCUCCGUACUGACCCUGCUGCUAAGAAGGCCGCUGAGGGCAGGACUACCAAGUUCCUUGCCAAUGUCGACCCCAUUGAUGUGGAGAGGGCCCUUGAGGGCCUCAAUGCUGAGGAGACUCUCCUUGUCGUCAUCUCCAAGACCUUCACUACUGCCGAGACAAUGCUCAACGCUAAGACCGUUCGCCAGUGGCUCUUCGAUAAUCUCGGCAAGUCUCCUGAGGUCGUCAGCAAGCACGUGUGUGCAUGCUCUACUGCUCUGAAGUUGACCAAGGAGUUCGGCAUUGAUGACGAGAAUGUCUUUGCCUUCUGGGACUGGGUCGGAGGUCGCUACUCUGUCAGCUCUGCUGUUGGCUGUCUUCCACUUGCCCUCCAGUACGGCUUUGACCAAGUGAACCAAUUCCUCGAGGGUGCCCAUCUGAUGGAUGAGCAUUUCCGCAAUACUAAGGACCUCACUCAGAACAUCCCGGCCCUUAUGGGCCUCAUCGCUGUCUGGAACAGCACUUUCCUCGGCGCGACCUCAACUGCCAUUCUCCCCUACUGCCAGGCUUUGGUGAGGUUCGUCGCUCAUAUUCAGCAACUUGAUAUGGAAAGUAACGGCAAGAGAGUUACUCUCACUGGCCACACUGUAGACUACAACACUGGCAUGGUUCACUUUGGUGAGCCCGGCACUAACGGUCAACACUCCUUCUACCAAGAGCUUCAUCAGGGCACUACUAUUGUGCCCAGUGAGUUCAUCGCAUUCGCUAAGUCGCAGAAUCCGAUUAAACUUGCCGGGGAGCCCGUCAGCAACCAUGAUGAACUCAUGUCCAACUUCUUCGCCCAGCCUGAUGCUCUGGCUUUCGGUAAGGGCUUCGAUCAACUUGAAAAGGAAGGCGUCCCCGCCGAAUUGAUGGACCAUAAGUUCUUCCCGGGAAACAGGCCCUCGUUACAGCUCCUUUUCCCCGGUACCUGCAAUGCUACCUCGGUGGGAGCUCUCCUUGCUGCAUAUGAGCAUCGUACUAUGGUCCAGGCCGCCAUCUGGGGCACCAACUGCUUUGAUCAGUGGGGGGUUGAAUUGGGUAAGGUCUUGGCCAAAUCUGUUAGAGGGCACUUCGCCAACCCUUCUGCUGGGGUUUCCGAGUUCUGUGGCUCGACCCAGAGGCUCCUCAAACAGUAUCAUCAGAUGAAGUAAGGGAGAAGAUCAGAAUUGCCUUGCUUGUUCUGUACGUUAUCAUCAAUCUAGAUCGCCGUGUAUCACGCGAUUGUUUCACCGUCCUCCCGAAGCUCUCUCCUUACCAAUAGGUCGUCUUGUGUUAUGGUGAAUUUUAAGACAUGAAGUUGAGGGUAGACUGUGGCUACAGAAUUUCCAGCUCGGAAGCGUAUGGUCAUCUGCCGUCAACAAUAUAUUAUGGUGGUUGCCGUCUUCGUUGAAUUGAAGAUGUUAUUCAAUUGAUAAUAACUCGGAUACAGGAUUUCUCUGCAGUGCCCCGGUAUGUUUGUUGUUGGGCUUGCUCAGUAUGACUUGAUGGAGCGUUUCAGA